AUGCUGCAACUUAGCGAGAUACAUGGUCCGCCCCUUGCAGAUACUGCUUUGACGAUCAAUGAUCUUUUCCGUCAGAAUGUCUUGGAUUUCCCAGAUACUGUGGCCCUCAUCUGUACUCACCAACCCUCCGACUUAUACGACGUUGCUAGUUUUUCCAUUGGCGAUGACAACGCUAAACCAACUUACCUACGAUGGACCUAUCAAGAACUCGACAAUGCCAUCCAACGAUUUGCCAAUCGCUUGAGAAAUCGAGGGCUACGGGCCGGCGACCCGUUGUUGAUCUUCAUGUCUAAUUCUGCCGAGUAUGUCAUUGCCACUUGGGCUGCCUACCGCAUUGGAUGUGUCCAUGUCCCGAUCAACCCCAAGAGUUUGUCGCAUACCCGGGAGGUCCAACAUAUGUUGCAAACUGCGAUGAACGGUUGCCACGCCGAAUCCAUAGCGACUAUCGCAGGCAAUGCCACUAUGUGUGCGCAGAUUGAGGAGUUGACAUCCGGGCUGGACUGUAUGAAGAUAUUGGUUGAGGGCCAGAUGGAUGGAUGGACAUCAUUUGAGGAUUUGAUGCAAAGGUCAACCGGGAUUGAUCAGGACGGACCGUGUAACGACUGCAAUUCAGAGCGUUCGGGGUCGUCGAUUCUUUUCACCAGUGGAACCACUUCUCUUCCCAAGGGGUGCUUCAUUCAAACACCAUCGUACCCUUUGACAGUCGCCACAAGUUGGCGCCAGAGCAGUCAGCCAAUGUUGCCCGGUGAUAGGUUUCUGCUCGCACUGCCCAACAAUCACGCCUUUAGCUACUUGUGCCUCAUGUCCUCUUUCAUAAACGCUGCCACAAUUGUGUUUCCGGGGCCAGGCUUUGUCCCAGAAACUGUGAUCCAGGCCAUUCAACAGGAGCAGUGUAGCCACACUGCGUUUGUGCCAACAAUGGUGCUCGCUCUGAGUGGUGUCCCAUUAGCUCCUGAACAGAAACUCAUUUCUCUGCGGCGAACACUCUUGGCGGGUGCUCCUCCUACCGAAGAAGUUAUCAGAAUAUGCCUUGAGCAUCUCGGUGCAUCAGGGGUGGAAAAUCAGUAUGGAAUGACAGAAGGUGUCCUCGUCUCGUCAGACGUGGUAGGCCAUGUCAGCGGAAUACUCAAUGGAAGAGAUGUAUCAAUUGGCUCGCCUUUACCAAGUGCAAAGGUCCGGGUAUGCGCCGAGGGCAGCAGGACCCCUCUCCCAGUCGGGAUCGCCGGGGAAGUGCAUUUCUCUGGUCCAACUCUGAUCAAAGAGUAUAUAGGGAGGGCUGAUGAUGAUAAGUUCUACAUUGACAAGGACGACCAGACGUGGUUCUGCACUGGGGACAAAGCCAUCAUGGGCAAGGACGAUCGGCUUUAUCUCGUUGGAAGGUACAAAGACACCAUAAUCCGAGGAGGUGAAAAUAUUGAACCGUCUGCCAUUGAAGCAGUCUUGGGCCAGAUCUCUGAAUUUUAUGUUCUUGAGCCCCAGAUUGUGAGAUUGCCAGAUAAUAUUGCCGGCGAAGUUCCCAUUGCAGUCGUGAAUCAGACAAUUGACGAGGAGACAGCACGUCGACUGAAGAAUACCAUUCGGGCUAAAAUGGGAACAUUGUAUGUGCCGGCGGAAGUGGUAACAGUGCAGUCCCUAGGGGUAGAGGCCUACCCUAAAACUAUGGCAGGGAAGAUUCAAAAGUCAAAGCUCGAGGAUUUGGUUAAAGCAUACUGGGGAGAGCGAAAGUGUCAAACACGCAACAAGCUGUACACUCGCUAUAUUUUGGAGUCACGGCUCAAACAAACCUGGGCACAACUGUCAGGGUUCGAUGAUGCCAGUCUGAUUGAUGUGAAUAUCGGCUUAGCGGCUUUCGCCAGUGAGGCCAUGCUUGUCCCAUUACAGCGAAAGAUAUGGCAAGACAUGGCAAGCAGCGUUUCAUUUUCUGAUUGGGUUGCUGCUGAUAGCAUCUCCGAGCAAGCCCGGUUGAUUGAACUGGCCCAGCAAGAUCAACCGACAGAGCAUGUGGGCUUAGGUGACGGUCAAAGUAUUGUUGAGUUCCCCCUAGGCUCGCGGGUCAUGGACUUGCUGCUAUCGGCCAUUGCAGAAGAGAAGGGGUGUCGAAUCGACCCAAACACUCAGAUGGUUGACCUGGGAGUGGACUCAAUCUUGUCCAUUUCAAUCCUCGACCGAGUUCGAAAGGAAACAGGGGUUUCACUCCCGUCGUCUCUCUUUUUCACACAGAAAACCGUUAGUGAAAUCAGCGAUUGUCUCUGUUCGAUUUCGAACCCGACGGAUCUCCCCGAUUUUAGCACUUCGACACAAGAAGGGCCCAAAGGUCUAUGCUUUUCGACGCUUCUUCAGGGCACACCAAAUCCAGGGGUACCCUCGCUGUUCCUCACGCCUCCAGGGUCUGGAUAUGCCUUUUCAUAUGACCCACUCCCCAAAUUCGCCAACGAUUUUGCAAUAUACUCCUUGGGGUCACCAUUUCUCAUGACAAAAUCAGAAGCUACCUGGACCGUGGAGGAAGCUGCCGCUUUAUAUGUGAAGACCAUUCGUAGUCUUCAAGCCCAAGGCCCCUACUUACUCGGCGGCUGGUCAAUGGGAGCGAUCACUGCCUACGAAAUAGCAUAUCAACUGCAUCAACAAGGAGAAAGAGUGCUGGGAAUCAUAAACCUGGACAUGCCAAUUCCUCGGCCGGAUCCUAAAAUGGUAGAGCCAACGGUCAAGUUGCUCGAGAUACUAGGCUUCUAUCCUUCAAUCCGUCGCGAAGGCCAGCCCGAUAUGGAGAUCCCUGCCUACCGAAGGCAACAUAGUCUCUCAUCCGUUCUUGCGAAGACGAAAUAUUUCCCCCGACCGAUCAGCACUCCCGGCAAUUCGACACCUGUGCGAAUAUUCGUGAUCUGGGCGGGACACGGUGACCCUGACCGGCUCCCAUCCGCACUCCUAGAGGCAAACGAGAUAUUGAAGAAACAUGGGCCACAGACGCAGCACAGAACCAGCCAGGACUGGCUACAAAUACCACGUGAAUCCUUUGGCCCGGGGGCUGGGCAGAAUUGGUCGGAGACGAGAACGUCGAGUGUCAUGUCAUAG